CCCCCCCCUCCUCCUCCCGCACGAGUUAAAAGAUAGCCCUAAAGAGAUCUCGUAGAGAGUAGUCUUCGUGAUCUUCCUUGUUUCAGAGGUAGUUGGAGCUUUUGCCUCUUGGGCGAGAGAAGAAUUUCGCUCUCGCGCUUCGCGCGUUGCCCUCUCGACGCUGGGCGUGUUUGUAAACAUGCGGACAUGAUGGAUUUGAAAAAUCGCGGAUUAUCGUGAAAGAAGGGGGCGAACAAAAUGCCAAGGAUCGUCGGAGCUUACACGAUAGAUCCUGCAAAACGUUUUGCCGUUGUCAUCGAUCUAUGUUGACGGAACGAAAAAUAAAAUAAGUGAUCAUCCCGUAGUGGAUAAUCGAGGGCGUACACAAAAAGAAAAAGCAGAAUAAGUGAGAGUGUCGGAAUUUUGUGACCGAGUGCGGACCUGUCGUUAGAUAUAAUUAUUAUUUCAUACACUUGCUUCUGUUAGCGCAUAAAUAACUUUUUUCAUAUAUGAAUAAUCGAAUCUCGAACGGAACCAUGAAGGACACAGAGAAUUUGACGAGUAAUGCGAUAAAUAACGAGAAAACAAACCCGGAAAGCGUUAAACUGUUGAAAGUGCCACCGACUCCACCAGUCACGCCGAGUACACCGCUCACUGGUCGUGAUAUCGAUGAAUUUUUUAAGGGUAUACCCAUCACUGAUGAGACUUCUUGCGGCAUAUGGUGCUUCAAGGGUCCCAAUCUUCAACGUUUCGCUAAUAAAAAAGCUUACGUUUUUCUUUACGGUGUACUUGGCUGCAUAUUCUCGGCUAGUUACGCCUACUUCAAUGGAACGAUUACGACCAUCGAGAAGAGGUUCAAAAUACCGUCCAAGACAACUGGUCUCAUAACCGUUGGCAAUGACAUUUCGCAACUUUUCGUAUCGGUCGUUCUGUCUUAUUACGCGGGGAGAGGACACAGGCCAAGAUGGAUCGCCGUUGGUAUUUAUUCGGUUGUGCUGUUUUGCUGCCUGACGAUGCUUCCACAUUUCCUUUAUGGACCUGGCGAGGAUGCUCUUCUAUUAACAAAGGAAUAUGGCUCGAGGCCAGCGACAAACAUGAGUGGAAAUUCUAGCACAAAAAUAUUCGACAGACAACGAAAGUUUCUUUGUUUGGGGAAGGAAGGUCGUGGCAACGAAUGCCAUGAGGACGAAGAGGGCAACUUCGCACCGCAGGUUUUGCUAUUUAUGGCUCAACUCGUCUCGGGUGUGGGUGGUUCACUGUAUUAUACUCUUGGCACGUCUUACAUGGACGACAACAUACAAAAGUCGAAAACACCGAUGCUCAUAAGCGUUUCGUACUUUCUCCGAAUGUUGGGACCCGCAAUUGGCUAUGGAUUGGCUUCGUUCGCUCUCAAAUUCUACAUCAGUCCAACGUUGAGUCCCACAAUCAAUAUGCAGGAUCCAAGGUGGCUCGGGGCUUGGUGGUUAGGCUGGAUAAUUCUUGCGAUUCUACUCUUUCUCUUCGCAAGUGUAAUCGCCCUUUUUCCAAAGACUCUUCCACGAGCUGCAGCACGAAAAAUGAUCGCUCUGGAGCGCAACAAAUCGGCAGCCAGCAUAAAGGAUGGACCGCAAGAACCCGAACUGCCAGCUUCGAUCAGUGACAUGCUCAGAACGUUCAAACGAUUGUUGACCAACACCACCCUCAUGUGCAACAAUCUAGCAACCGUCUUCUACUUCAUGGGUUACAUGCCCUAUUGGAUCUUCAUGCCGAAAUACAUCGAGACCCAGUACAAACAGUCGGCUUCGGUGUCUUCCCUGAUAACCGGUACCGUCGGCCUCGUCUUUAGCGCAUUCGGCAUUCUUCUUUCGGGCCUAAUAAUCUCCAAGUACAAACCGAAAGCGAGAUAUCUGGCAGCCUGGAACGUGAUGGUUGGUGCUGUAUCAGUUAUGGGAAUGAUUUCGUACGCGUUCCUCGGUUGUUCGGCGAACGACAAUCAAAUGGCGGUGCAAUCGGACGGUGCGCUAAAAACCCACUUGACCUGUAAUGAACCUUGUCACUGCGAUUACGUAACCUACAAUCCGGUUUGUUCGGAGGAAGGACAAACUUUUAUAUCAGCUUGUCAUGCUGGAUGCAGAGGACUCAAGACCGACGAAUACGGUAAUAAAAUUUACACGGAUUGCAAUUGCGUAAGACCACAAAAAAAUGACGAACUAUCAUACGUUGCUGCAAAUUGGUCGACAAUCCCAACAAAUUUUCCAUUCGAGAAAACUACCGAGUUCUAUGCUAAAUCGGACAAUCCCAGUCUUGGAACUGCUGUCCCUGGCUCUUGUCCGGUCGAUUGUAUGCACAAGUUCUACGUUUUUCUGGCGGUCGUCUGUCUCCUCAAAUUCAGCGGUGCCACCGGCAGAGCUUCCAAUUUCCUCGUUUCUGUAAGAUGCGUCGAUGAAAAGGAUAAGACAGUGGCCAUGGGCUUUGGACUUACGAUAAUGAGUCUUUUUGCCUUUAUACCAUCGCCUAUUCUGUUUGGAUUUAUUCUCGACAAAACCUGCAUUGUAUGGGGCAAAACUUGCUCCGGAACCGGAAAUUGCUGGCUCUACAAUGGUGAAGCGUUGAGAUAUUUGCUGAAUUUCACGGCAGCAAGUUUCGUUACAAUUGGUACGCUAUUCGAUGUUGGAGUCUGGUACUACGUGAAGGACGUAAAGAUAUUCGACGAGGAAAUCGAGCUCGAACAAAUAGCGGAUGAUCCGGGGGAAACCAUAGUGACGUAGUAAUAAUCCGAUGAUGUGAUAAAUUCGUCACUAAAUUUUUUAAUGUUCUUGUUUUAAGACGAGCUUGAAGAGAAAAAGAAACAGGAGGAAUACGCGAAAAAAAGGAAAUCGACGACCAAAAAAUGAGUGAGAGCCAGCGUGAAGAAUAAAGACUUUUCAAGUACCUUAA